CACGUUGACUGGGACUGUUUCCAGCUGGCACGGAUAGACAACCGAUUCAAGGCCACAAUGAGUGAAGGCCUGGAGAGUGAUGGCCUAAAGAGAGACCAGCAGGCACUUGUUCCAGUUCAGGACCAUGUUUUGCCAUUUGCAGAUGCUCCCAGUAUAGUGCGUGCACAUCAAAAGGAUUCGUAUUUUGAAUCCGUACUCCGUGAUAAAGUUCAAGGGGCUGUACAAGUUCUGACAGGUCAGAGAUUCAUCCAUACACAUCCUGACGAGAUCACAGUGGCUGCAAAGGCGCUAUACGUUGGAUUGACAACAGUUCUUGGGUCAAGGACCCUAGGAGAGGAGUACACGGAUUUGAUGUAUGUGACCAGGGAUGGUAAAAGGAUUCCCAAGUUGUUGAGAAGAUUGGGAUUUUUGGCGUCGUAUUCAAUCAUUCCCUAUGUGAUUACCAGAAUUUUAAGAAGGCUAUUGCCGGUUGAUGAGGGAGAAGGUGCCUCCAGCAAGAAGAAUUGGUUCCAAUCUUUAAGCUAUUCAAAGAUUUUAGAUACUCUUUUGAAUGUUCAUUUGGCUUUGUUCUACUUCAACGGCGCAUACUAUGACCUAGCUAAGCGUAUAUUUGGGUUGCGCUACGCUUUUGGUCAUAGAGUUGAUAAAGAAGAGCAACUUUCAAGAGGUGGGUAUGAACUCCUUGGAGGAUUGAUCUUCACACAAAUUGCUUUCAAAGCAAUAAAGCACUUCUCAGAAUCUUUCCAGAAUGAUCGUACCAGAAAGUCAAACACUGAAGUAUCAGAUAAUAUCACCGGGGUACCACCAUCUGUUCCCUCAAAUGACAUUGAUCUUUCAAACCCAAAGUUGUUGAAGUUCAUACCUGAUUUCUCAAGAAACUGUAUGCUAUGUCUGAGUCCAAUGACAAAUCCAAGCUGUGCCCCAUGUGGUCACUUAUUCUGUUGGAAUUGUAUAUCUGAUUGGAGUAGAGACCAUCCAGAAUGCCCUCUCUGCAGACAGGCACUGACAGAACAGAGCAUAUUACCCCUACGAUAAUACCUUUUCUAUGGCAAAAAGACACGGAUGUACGUAUAUAUAUAUAACUUAUCUAAAAUCACCUAACUUAUCUACCACCCAUUGUAAAUAACACCUGUGCCUUUUUCUUCUUGCCUUUUCCCUUGGUUGGUAGUGCAUUAUCCAAAGAAUCCAAGUUGAAUCCAUUACUACUGUUACCACUGCUGUUAACAACGUUGCCCCAUAAGUCUCUUGCAGGUUGGGCUUUGAUUGACGUUCCCCAAAUAGUGGUUUCAGUUCUGACUUGUGACUUAUUGGCAGGAUUCCUUGCCUC